CCCGCCUUCUCUCUCUCUCUCUCUCUCUCUCUCUCUCUCUCUCAUUGUGGAGUAGCAAAACCCUAGUAAUGGUUGCCAGAAAUUUGUGAUAGAUGAAGCUCCUUCAAAUUUCUUCUUCUCAUUCCGUUGCUUCUCUUAAAUGUCUCCAUGGAAGAGUGCCCUCUCAUAAUAUCAAACCAGCUUCUGCUUCCUUCGCAACUCACAAAGUCGGAGUCUUUAAUUCAAGCCGUCUCUCAGUGUGUGGCUUUUGCAGGACCUCUCGUCCAAACAAAGUGGCCAUGGGCGCCAUUGUCAUAUCAGCAACGAGCAAUACCUGCUGCACCAGAUUCUGCAGCUUUCACCAGAAAGCUGUAGAAUUUCUAUCUUCAAGGAAAAUAGGUGCAAAUGUGAUUGUGAGACCUUUUUCCACAUGCACCUCACCGGUGAUCUCUCCAAUUUUCCCUCUUGUCAUGCGUCCCCCAUCGUCCUUAGUGAUGGCCACCCAGCUUUCACCAUCUGAUGCUCCCCAACGAUCAGAGGAGUGGUUUGCUCUACGAAGGGACAAGCUCACCACAAGCACCUUCAGCACUGCCUUGGGAUUUUGGAAAGGGAACCGUCGGCCGGAGCUCUGGCAUGAGAAGGUAUUUGAAUCAGAGAAACAAAUUGUGGAAGCUUCUAAAAGAGCCAUGGAAUGGGGCGUACUCAAUGAAGAAGUGGCCAUCGGCAAGUACAAAAGCAUCACAGGUCGUGAAGUGGAUUCAUACGGAUUUGCAACCCACACAGAGGAGCGACUUGGUUGGGUUGGCGCCUCCCCUGAUGGUCUUCUUGAUGGUCUUAUCGAUUGCUUUCAAGGCGGUGGGAUACUGGAAGUGAAGUGUCCAUAUAACAAGGGCAAGCCUGAGAAGGGUCUGCCCUGGUCAACUAUGCCGUUCUAUUACAUGCCUCAGGUGCAGGGUCAAAUGGAGAUAAUGGACAGAGAGUGGGUUGAUCUGUAUUGCUGGACACCAAACGGAAGCACCAUAUUCCGUGUGUGCAGGGACCGUAGUUACUGGAACUUGAUGCAUGGAAUUUUAAGGGAAUUUUGGUGGGAAAAUGUGAUUCCUGCAAGGGAAGCUCUGUUGUUGGGGAAGGAAGAAGAGGCCAAGCAAUAUAUCCCAACUUCUACGCACAAGCAAACAGGGCUUGCAAUUGUUAAGAGCUUGAAGUUAGCCAGUGAGGCUAAGUUGUUGUGUAGAGAAAUUGCAGGUCACGUUGAAUUUUUCUAGUGAUGAUGAGCCUCAAAGUAAAAGGAUGAGUAAAGCUUACCCUUCUCUUGUUGUCCCUCCCCUUGAGGCUUUAGAUUGUAGUCCAUUGGUUCCCAAUGUAUUUGUCAAUUGAAUUAGAUCUCAUGGUGUAUUUAUACAGUUCGAA